AUGCGUCACGAUGGUGAUCUUGGCAAUGUGAAAACCGAUGCUCAGGGUGUCAUGAACGUCGAUUUGAUUAUUUUACCUGAUGAAGAUGACCCAACGCGGGGAUAUAUUGGCCUGGCGCUUGUCAUCAACGACGGUGAGGAUGACCUCGGACUUGGUGGAAAUGAACGUAGUCGGAUCGAUGGCAAUUCUGGAGGAAAUCUGGCUUGCAGCGUGAUUGGUCGCAGACAAUCAUUGUGGAUUCAUCAGAACCCCACUCAACAAAUAACAACUCAAGCCGCUGGGAAAAGUAGCUCAGAUUUGCUCACACUUUGA